UCUGAAUAAAUCUACGGAGAGAGAGAGAUCCAAGUAGAUAGAUACGUAUGUAUCGAUGAAGUCAGGGGCGUCUUCUUCCCAAGACGACGACUUCCUCAGAGCUGUCUCCUGCGAAAGCAGAAGGGGACAUAACAGUGGAAGACAUUCUCAGGAUCAGGACAAGAAGGUUUCGUCAGCCACAGAUGGGGAGAUCGGAGUGUUCGCAGCCGAGAAGUACUUUAGCGGCGAAGUCGACAGCACGACAUCGACGGUCACGAUCCCUCCGACCAUCCACGGUCUCUCCAGAGAUCUCGGGAUCUGUUCCGAUCCGACAGCCAGUGUUGCUUCCGAGUCGAGUUGGUACAGCAGAAGCGCUUUGCUUCACCAGGACACCGCUUUGAGGAAACACGACUCGUCCACUCGUACCAGUGGAAAGAACAAGUCCAAAUCUUUUCUCUCCAGUCUCGGCAUUAAGUGUAAAUGUUCUUGUCUUGACGGCAACUCUUCUGAUGUCGAUGAGAACGCCAGAGAAACAAGACCUCCUGGUCGGUUUUCGGGUUUGCCUCAUCGAUCUAUUUCGAGCUCUGCAGACGAAUUUUUCAGCUUCUCCACCAUGAAUCCCCUUCCAAGAACACUAAUCCGAAAAGAGGAAGCAGAAAUACCGAGAGAAUCUCUCGAAGUUUUCGGUUCACCUGUGUUGCAGAAAAGAAACACAUCCUCGAUCAACCCUAGAACAGGCCAAGAAAGCGAUAGCGACCAGAGUUCUGAGCUAUUCGAGAUCGGAAGCUUGACGGGCGAGGCAAAGGAAAAGACCUUUCUUGCGACGCAAGGCACAUACGUAGUGGAGUCGCCUCCUCACCCGCCAAGCGAGGCCAGCGUAGAGUGGAGCGUAGUGACCGCAAGUGCUGCGGAAUUCCCGGUCGCACCAUCAGAUUACAGUGAAGAAAUCUACAAGAACAUUCUGAUGAGCAAAGCCAAGUUAGAACCGAAACAAUCCAGUUCAGUUCUGUCCUGUUGCGUGGACAGGAAGAAAUCUUCAGGAGUUGCCGGAGAUUCGUACAGAAUCGUGAGCCCGCGUCUUGACCGCGAUCUUAUCUGGAGAAACUGUUCUUAUUCCUCGGAACACAAGGAAAGGCUCAGAGCCGAACCUGAGAUGAACGUCUCGGAAUCAAGAAAAGGCAUGAUCACUGCAAGUCCUCGAUUCUUCAGUCCGCACGCUUCACAUCGUAUGAACAUUCAAUGAGAUCCAUCUACUUCUCCGUUUGUUAUGUUUGUAAGAGUUUAAGAAUCAAUGUUACCUCCUUUUCACAUUAAGAACACAGCAUUUGUUGCU